UCACUCUCUGGACUUGGGCUUGGCGGGGAACAGGCAGAGUGGCAGGGCCGUGUGGGGUCUGGUGAGACUCGCAUCUGGUCUGAAAGGUCGCAGGGCCUCUGCUGUCGGGCGUCCUUCAGGGACAGCAGAGCAAGGCCCCGGAGGGGGUGUUCCCCUUCCUGUAAGGCCUCUCGUGAGGAACCCAUGAUGGGGACCACAGAGCCUGGGCCAUGUCACACCCUGUGCAUGUGUCUGUCCUGUGGACUCUGAGGACUUUUAAGCUGUCUGCACCGCUGGGACCAUGGGAGGCAGCGUCAGGACCCAGACCCUCACCGCCCUUCUGUGUCUCGGGCUGUGUCGGGGUCCGUGGGACCAGGUACAGGCAAGGUACCUUCCCAAACCCUCCAUCAGGGCUGACCCCAGCCCCAAUGUCACCGGGGGGACCCCUGUGACCAUCUGGUGCCAGGCAUCUCUGCAGGCUGAUGUCUACUAUCUGUAUAAAGAGAGGGUCUCAGAACCCAUGUCCAUGGAGAUCUCACAGGAGUCCAGCGACAAGGCCAGUUUCUCCCUUGGAUUCACGAGUCCGCACAAUGCAGGGCGAUACCAGUGUCAAUAUCACAGCAGGAACAGCUGGUCACAGCGGAGUGACCUCCUGCCCCUGGUGGUGACAGGAGUGUACAACCCACCCUCCCUGUCAGCCAUCCCAGGCCCUGUGGUGGCCUCAGGAGGGAACGUGUCCCUCUCCUGUAGCUCACCACAUCCAUGGCAAACCUUCCGUCUGCUGAAGGAGGGGGGAGCUGACGCGCCCCGACACCUGGAAUUGAAGUUCCCUCGUGAGAAGAGGCAGGCACUGUUCCCUGUGGGCCCCGUGAGCACCUCCCAUGGGGGGACCUACAGGUGCUACGUUUCUCCAGCUUCCUACCCGUAUGUGUGGUCACUCCCCAGUGACCCUCUGCACCUUCAGGUCACAGGCGCCUACAGGGAGCCCACCCUCUUAGCCCAGCCGGGCUCGCUGGUGCAGCCUGGAGACAACCUGACCCUCCAGUGUCAUUCAGAAGCCGGAUUUGACACAUUCGCUCUGAUGAAGGAUGAGGGGAUCACACCUCCCGUGCGUUUAGAUGGGCAGCCCAGCCCCAACUUCCCCCUCGGCCUUGUGAGCAUCACCCAUGGGGGCCGGUACAGAUGCUAUGGUGGACACAACCUCUCCUCCACGUGGUCGGCCCCCAGUGUCCCCUUGGACAUCUUCAUCACAGGCCUGUACAGGAAACCGUCCCUCUCGGCCCAGCCGGGGCCCUCAGUGUCCUGGGGAGAGAAUGUGACCCUGCAGUGUCGCUCGGAAAUCUGGCUCGACGCCUUCUACCUGUCCAAGGAGGGGUCACCUGCUCCUCCCCAGCACAUUCGUCUGCAGGACACAACUGCACCUUAUCAGGUCAGCUUCAACAUGAGUCCUGUGACCUCAGACCAUGAGGGGACCUACAGGUGCUACGCCUCAUCCAGCACCUCUCCCUACUUGUUGUCACACCCCAGUGACCCCCUGGAGCUGCUGGUCUCAGCAGCUGACGCCAUCCUCCCAUCACAGAACAAGUCAGACCCCAACAGUGACUCCCACUCCAAAGAUUACACAGUGGAGAAUCUCAUCCGCAUGGGCAUGGCUGGCUUGAUUCUGGUGGUCCUUGGGAUUCUACUAUUUUGGGAUCACUCCAGUCAAAGGAGAAUCCAAGAUGAGGCCAGGAGGUAAACACAAGAGACAACAAUGCCAACAGUUAGUGUGCCCGGGAAUUUCUGCAAUAGUAUGUGGGCCCUGUGCCAUGUGAACUCCUCCCUCGUCAUUGUGAGGAGGAGGACUCAUGGCUCAUGUACAGGGAAAAUGCCUGGACUGUUCUGCCAUUAAACUGUGGACUCUCUUUCCCAACCAUG